AUGCUCGGAUUGCGCUCCGCAUUUACGCCGGACAUCGGUACAACAGCCGCUCAGCUCGUCUACGGCACGACACUACGCUUGCCGGGAGAGUUUUUUGACGAAUGCCGUCCUCAACCACAGUCCGAGUUCGCAAAACAACUUGCCGAUGUAAUGCAAGACAUACGUCCAACCCUCACAGCAAACCACGACAAAACCAAACCAUUCGUGUUCAAGCAGCUAGCGGACGCAACCCAUGUGUUUGCGCGAAACGACAAGAUACGGGCGGCGCUUCAACCACCAUAUGAUGGACCAUAUCUUGUAGUGGCCAGACAAAAUAAGCACUUCACAGUUAAAAUAAACCGCGAUAAAAUCAACAUCUCCAUCGACAGGCUUAAACCGGCGUUCAUCGAAUCUGAUAAUAUCGACGAUCCGCCGCAAACGACGACUCAACCAUCGAAACCAGCGCAAGAGUCUACCACGAACACGAUUACUCUAUCUCAGCGACAUCUUGCCACAUCAACUCAAAUUGAUUGCCUUUUUACAGCAUUCGUUCCACACGAAACAAAGGCAAACGAUGCCAAGUCGGUAUGGUAUCAUUAUUUGGUUACUAGAGACAAAAGUGAGGUAGCCAAAUGCAAAAAGUGCAACAAAAUCUUACAAACGAAAGGUGGAUCCACUAAGGGCUUACACACGCAUUUAAAAACACACAAUUCAAACAUUGUGCCUAAGGGAGAUGAACGUGAUGAGUCGCCCGAGCAUGUUCCUGGCAAGCAGCAAAAGAUUGUAAACUUUUUUCCAACAUUUGUUAAGUCGGCUGACUUGCGACAAUUGAUGAUUUCAAACGGUUUCCACGUACCUAGAUCGCGGGAGACGAUUCGAAGUAUGGUGCUUAAUUACCAGAAAGGUAUUCAAAAGAACGUUGUGGAAGAAAUUCAAAAAUUUUAUAGAGACGGUGAAAGAUUUAGCUUGGUAUUUGAUGAGUGGACGUCCAUCUCAAAUAAACAUUAUUUAAACAUUAACAUAUUUUCCAAAUCAAAAUUUUGGAACUUGGGUCUAGUUCGUUAUAAAUGUUCAAUGACAGCUGAAGUGUGUGUCGAAAAAUUGCAAGAGCGUUUACUUGAUUUUCAAUUGAAUCUUGACCAAAAUAUUGUAGCUAUAACAACGGAUGGAGCAAGUACGAUGAUUAAAGUCGGAAGGCUUAUAGAACCAUACCAGCAGCUGUGCUUUGCGCACGGUCUCCAACUAGCAAUUAUCGAUGUUCUGUAUAAAAUUGGAUCAAGACCUACAACACUCAGUAAGUACUUUGUAAUUGUCAAUUAA